CGUGCGGCCCCGCCUUCUGUCAGGUGCUGGGGCCGGAAGAUGGCGGCGGCUGCCGAGUUGAAGCUGCUGGAGAAGUCGCUGGGGCUGAGUAAGGGUAAUAAGUACAGCGCUCAGGGCGAGCGACAGAUUCCAGUUCUUCAGACAAACAAUGGCCCAAGUUUAACAGGAUUGACAACAAUAGCAACUCAUCUAGUCAAGCAAGCCAACAAGGAACAUUUGCUGGGAAGCACAGCAGAAGAAAAGGCAAUGGUUCAGCAGUGGUUGGAGUACAGGGUCACACGAGUAGACGGACACUCUAAUAAGGAAAAUGCCCACACACUCCUGAAGGAUCUUAAUUCAUAUCUUGAAGAUAAAGUCUACCUUACAGGAUACAACCUUACCUUAGCAGACAUCCUAUUGUACUAUGGACUUCAUCGCUUUAUAGUUCAAUAUAUUUUAGUAGCUUUUUGACUUUAGAAUGGUGACGUGGCACAACUUCCCUCAUUUCAAAACGAAAAAGCCUCCAAGGUAAAGAGGAUUUGCUGC